UAGCGGCCAUUCCCCGCAGCCCCGCCCGCUCCCCGCAGGCCGCAGCCGCCAUGGCCGCCCUGCACGCUAAGUCCGGCGGACCCCCGCAAAUCCCGGACACCCGAAGGGAGCUGGCCGAGCUGGUGAAACGCAAACAGGAGCUGGCGGAGACGCUGGCCAACCUGGAAAGGCAGAUUUAUGCUUUCGAAGGGAGUUACCUGGAGGACACGCAGAUGUACGGCAACAUCAUCCGCGGCUGGGACCGUUAUCUCACCAACCAGAAGAACUCCAACAGCAAAAACGACCGCAGGAACCGCAAGUUUAAAGAGGCCGAGAGGCUCUUCAGCAAAUCCUCAGUCACUUCUGCUGCGGCUGUCAGUGCGUUAGCUGGAGUCCAGGAUCAGCUCAUUGAGAAGCGUGAGCCGGGCAGUGGGACUGAAAGCGACACAUCUCCAGACUUCCAUAAUCAGGAGAACGAACCCAGCCAGGAGGAUGCUGAGGAGUUGGAUGGAUCAGUGCAAGGGGUGAAACCCCAAAAAGCAGCUUCUUCCACUUCUGGAAGCCAUCACAGCAGCCACAAAAAAAGGAAGAAUAAAAACAGGCACAGAAUAAAGCUGUCUUCCCUGCAGUAGAGGAAGAUGACAGCCCCGGCUUCCUGUGGUUGUUCUUUGGUUUCUACUGAGCUAAGGGAGAUAGGAAUGUCAGUGCUUUCUUUGGAGGAGGAGGAUGGAAAACAGCUUAGAGUGUUCUGGGGGCUGCCGACACUCACUAUCUUUACUACAUUUUCUACUCCAAAGCUUUCCUGUUAUCGUGUCCCAGAGUCCUUUGAUUAUAGCACGUACAAGUUGCUCUAUCACACAGACCACAAGCUCUUGUUAUUAAACUGGCCUGAAAUUCACAUGAAACAGAUUUCCUGAGCUCUUUGUGAUUGAAUUUAGGUGACCACUUCAACCCUUUAAGGCGCACCUUCAAGGCAAGAUGCAGCACAGUGGGCUGACAGCUCACAUUGGGAUUCAUUGAAUUCCAGUGCUGCUUUCCCUGGAUGUCAGGUUCUUAUUGAGCUCAUUGGCUUUGGGUAUGGAUGGAUAUUCCUCUUUGAGGAGCCUUCCUAUACAAAUGGUUUAUAAUACAGUGAUAGAUCCCACAGGGACUGCUGGGAAAAGGUCUGUCUGGGAGACACCAAGGUAGGUGUAGUGCCUGAAAGCCAAUUAAUUACGACUUAUUAGUUAGAUUUUCAGCCAUUAGCAUUUUUAAUUGGAAGGUCAGGGUUUUCUCCCCACAGCAGCCUUAUUCAGGCACACAUCCCAAAGUAUUGGAUGUCCUUUUGGGUUCCUCCUGAGCAAGGAACCA